AGAAAAAGACAAGAAAACUAGCUGCUUUAGCCGAGUAAGACUAAAAACCAGACCUUCAGACCCAGUCUUCUUCCUCUUAAUAAAAACCCCAACUUCAAAAGCUUCUUGCCACAAUUCAUCUCUACUACUUUUUCAAGCUAUGGGUGGUAAUGGCAAGCACAGAUGGAAAAUCUCCUUCUACCGUCGCUCCAACUCCAACCACAAAUCUACUCAUCCUCCAAAAGAGUUCCUUUGCCCCAUUUCUGGAUCCUUAAUGUACGACCCUGUUGUUGUCUCCUCCGGUCAGACCUUCGAGCGCGUCUCUGUCCAGGUUUGUCGAGACCUGAAUUUCGCUCCUUCCCUCGAUGAUGGUUCCAUUCCGGAUUUAACUACUGUAAUCCCCAAUUUAGCCAUCAAAUCGACGAUUCUCAACUGGUGUGAUACUAAUGGCGCUGAACGUCCUCUCCCGCCAGAUUACAGCUCUGUGGAAAAAGCCGUCCGUAAGAAGAUGGUUGAAUCGAAAACUUUGAACCCCGAGAAUAGGGUCUCCGAGAGGGAGUUGCUGAAGGCUGUGGCAGAAAAUCCUCCUGUUCUAUUCUCCCACGCGCAGACCGAGUUGACUCGCCGAGUCAAUCAUUUCUACUCGAGCUCCUCCGAGGAAUCCAUGAUUGUCAACAACGCGACGGCGAGUCCGUUUACUCUGCUGCCUUUCGCGACUCGCCCAGCGUGUUAUACUUCAUCUUCUAACUCGUCAUCCGAAAUUGCUGAAGCUGAAACCCUAACGCAAAAUCCUGAUUCCGCUGACUCCAGCUCCAAUUCCUCAUUCCCUGAAGAGGAAGAGAUUGUGGCUAAGCUUAGAAGCCCUGAAGUAUACGAACAAGAAGAGGCGGUGAUUUCGCUGAGGAAGCUUACUAGAGCACGAGAGGAAAUGAGAAUUCCUCUGUGUACUCACCGAUUACUCACAGCUCUCCGUUCCUUGAUUGCGUCGAGAUACUGCGUCGUGCAAACGAACGCCAUCGCUGCACUGGUAAAUCUCUCGCUGGAGAAAGCGAACAAAGUUAAAAUCGUACGGUCAGGAUUUGUUCCUCUUUUGAUUGAUCUAUUAACGGCCGGAUCCAGUGAACCGCAAGAGCAUGCCGCCGGUGCGCUUUUCAGUUUAGCUUUAGAAGACGAGAACAAGAUGACAAUAGGGGUUUUGGGAGCGUUACACCCAUUGAUGCACGCUCUGAGGUGUGAGAGUGAGCGAACUCGCCACGACUCAGCUUUGGCCUUGUAUCAUUUGAGUUUAAUCCAGAGUAAUAGGGCCAAGCUGGUGAAACUGGGCGCUGUGCCAACACUGCUUGGCAUGAUUAAAGCAGGUGACUUGGCGAGCCGGCUGUUGCUAAUUUUAUGCAAUUUAGCUGCUGGCAAGGAAGGGAGAUCGGCAAUGCUGGAUGGAAAUGCGGUGGCAAUAUUGGUGGGGAUGUUGAGCGAGGGAAGUGAGCGGGUAGACUCGGAAGCAACUCAGGAGUAUUGCGUGGCGGCAUUGUUGGCAUUGAGUCAUGGGAGCUUAAGAUUUAAAGGGCUAGCUAAGGAGGCGAGAGCAGUGGAGGUGUUGAGGGAGAUAGAAGAGAGAGGAAACGACAGAGCGAGAGAGAAAGCAAAGAAAAUUUUGCAGAUGAUGAGAAAGGGAGACGAGGACGAUGAGGAGGCUGAUAGGGAAGCGGUAUUGGAAUUGGGUGGAGCUGGCCGGAGUCGAUACAGGGUUGGUGGCGGGGCGAGAAAUGGGAAUUGCCCAAACUCGUCAAAUUUCUGACAGUAAAGUUUGUAAUUAUUCAUCGGAGAAAGCUUGUUAGUUUUCCCUUUUGAAUUUCAAGGCGUAAAGAUAGGGAAUGUUCAUGUGGUUUUUUAUUUUUAUUUAAAAAAAAGUUAAAUGAAAAUUUUAGUUGUUGAUUGAUUGUAAGGCUAUAGAGUGUGGAGUUGUACAUACAAAUAGAUCCUUUGGAAGUGAUAAAAAGGAUUUGAAUUUAGUUGGAACAA